CUCAAUUGCAACGGCGCACCUGGCGGCACCAAGACCCUAGGGUCCGCACACAAUCCGGGUGUUGCACCUUUCCCAUUUGCACCAUUGCGCGGCUGGCCGCGCUUGCUCUUGGAGCACAUGAAUCCCUGGCGCUGUGCAGAACCUCGGCCGGUCCGUCCUCCCCUGGUUCGACAUGUAUGGCAUGUCCGGGCAUGGUCCAGGCAUGUCCAGCAAAGUCCCCCGCAAGCCUGCUGUAUACUGCCGGCAGUGCUACAUGCUUAAGAAGUAUACGCCACCGUGAAUAAGGACUGAUCAGGACUUCCGGGUAGGUGGCUCGCGACAUGAGCGCAGAUGCGACACAAGCCCGUGAGCAUUGACAUGACCUCUCCCUCUGACUUCUCCUGCUGAAAAUGGCGUCUGCUCACAACAGCAAUAGCUCUCUGGCAUAUUGCAAAGUUCCACAUAUGACCGUGCUGGUAUCUUGUGCCGGGGUGCACGACCUGACAGGACGGCUGGACGGGGGGGUAGCGGAGCAGAGACUCAUCCGCCGGUCAACACUAGUCAACAGUGCGUGCACAAUAGCUCUUUGCAUACAUCAUUAGUCUAUCAGCUUCUCAUACAUAUUACUCUUCUCAAUUGGAAGAGCAAGGGACGCUUGGAAGGCCAACUUAGGAAGAGUCAAGGAAGCCCUGCCAGAUGUCGCUGCGCCCGUUUGAGACCCCGGGCGGUCUCUCGUCGCUAUCUCCGCGGCGCCGGGACUUCUCGCCGACCCGGCCAGGCACUAACGGGCCCUCCGCCAAGCUUGAGCAUGUCACCGAACGAUUCGCGGGGUUAUGGACGGAUUUGGAGCAGGAGAAGCAGAACAAGCGCAUCCAGGAGUCCACGCGCUUUAGCCUUCUUCAGGAGUCGCUCCAGCGGAUCGAAAAGAGCGUUGAGGCUGAGGUGAAGCGGCGGGCGGAGAGCGACAAGCAGCUGCAGUCGCAUUUCGAGGGCGAGAUCAAGACGCUGCAGGAGCGGCAGCUGCAGCAAUUCACGGACCUGCAGCUGGCACUCAAGAGCGCGGUGGAGUCACUCAACCAGCGCAUCACGGACCUACACGCACUGGUCCGGGAUGAGCGUGAGUCCCGUCGCAGUGACAUCGAGCACCUGGCCACCAGCCUGGUGGGCAAGGUCAACGAGUGCGUGGCGGCCAUCGACGAGGAGCGCAACGGCCGUGUGCAGGAGCAGACGGUGUCCAUGAAGCGCGUGGGCGAGGACCUGAUGCUGCUGUCUCAGCGCCUGGACACGGAGAAGAACACCCGCGACUCGGAGGUGUCGGCGCUGCGUGCCGAGGUGCACGACGCGAUCGGCAAUCGCAACCUGGCGGAUGACCAGUUCAAGGGCGCAGUGCUGGACGAGGUGGCUGGCCUCAAGGCCGCACUGGCGCUGGAGCGCGAGGAGCGCAUCGCCGAGGACGACGAGAUCGUGCAGGCCGUCAACGACUACACGAAGGCGCUGCAGGAGGGCCUCAAGCUGGUCAGCGCAUAAGCAGCCAAGCCAUGUCCUGCAGGCUGCAGGAAGGUGAUGGUGACAAAGGUGACGAAGGAGCUGCUUGGCUCAGGUUCCGUGACGGAUGAUUGAGCUGGGUCGUACUUGGAUAUUGUGCUUGCAUGGGCAGCACUGGUCGAAGCUUUAGCAGUGAGCUGGAAUUAGGUGGCCCUGGAACAUGGUGCCACAAGGCGCGGUGACUCAGACGUCUGACAUGUAGCCGGUGACUAGUGAUCAGCCGUAUAAAUUCAGGGCAGGCGGCUCUGCUGGAAUGCAGUUCGAUAUAGUGGUAAUUAGCAUCCGAGCUCGCGUGAGCGCCCCGGGCUUGUGCUCCUAGAGGUUUGGCCAACCUGAUGUAGGACGGCAUCAGGUGUAGGAUCUUGGCAGGUACCGUAUAUAGCGCUGAUUCAUCGUGGCCGCAAGCUUGCGAGCUUGCAGGGCAUGCUGUAACAGCUGUGAGGGGUUAAGACAAACACCAUCGUGCGUAGAGGACAGCGCACGAGGACGCGUGACAGGACGACGUGUGGUUGUGCUCCUCACAAGUCGAGCAUCGAUGGCAUUUGCAGGUUUGCCAUUAAGUAUAUGAGGUGGUAGGCCAAACAGCUGGCUGCAAUUACUGGAUUGUGUCCUGGAACGGCACAGGGCCUGAGGGUUGUCACUUGUCAGCGGCGGGGGCACGCGGGUACCACUCUGGUCUUUUGCUGUGUCCAAACUUUGACAGCCUGGUAGACCCAACAGGUAUCAUCUGACCAGGCCGCCAGCAUACCUACGGCUUCAUCUCGUUGUGUAGUAUACGGUUACUAUGGUGCGGAGCUGAGCAGAUGAAACCUGAAAGGCCGUACGGCUGCAGCCGUGCAUGGGGUGUGCAGUGGGACACGCAAAUAUUUUCGUCGUGAAAACUAAAAGCGUGAUAGCGUGAUGGAUAGCGUACGCACAGUGUAUGCAGGAUACGCAAUCGACACUGUAAAAAGAAUAGGCA